AUGGCUAACAGGCAGGUGUCAUCAACCAGUGUAGACAGACUUGCCAGGAAACACAGCAGACAGUCUUCUCAGAACAACUACUCAGAGGAGAUGUAUACAGUGACCUCAACUGUGGAUAAGAUCACCAACACUCUGGCAGUACCAACAGUCUGCACAGCUGUGCAAACAUCUCUUCAACAGGCUUGCAGUACCUUCACUCAGACAGAUGAUGCUCCCUCAGUCCAGGAAUCGCAGCAUCUGUUGAAUGAACAACUCUGGGAGGAGAGAAUGGUGAAAGCCUUAAGAAGCCUUACCAAGAGAAUGGAGAACAGGUUUGAGGAGGAAAAGAAGUUUGCACUAAAAGAACUUGCACAGCAGGUAGACUACAAGAGGAUUUUUGGGAAAGAUAAGCAACAGGCAGUAGAGCGGACGCUGGCCCAACAUGAAGCUGGAACCAGGGAGCAGUAUAUGGAGGAGAUGAAAAAGUUGGCUGCCAAACACAAGGAGGCCAUUUCUCAGGUCAAGAAGAAACAGUGGUGCCAGAACUGUGAGGCUGAAGCCAUGUACCACUGUUUGUUGUUGAAAGUCAAGAUGAUGAUGUUUUGUUUCUGUCUACCUGUAGUGCCAGAACUGUGA